CACAUGACACAGUAAACCAAAUGAAGCUGCUCUUAAGUUACUUGGCAUCUCCCCACCUCUCUCUCUUUAGUAGAUAACAAAACUGUUUUACGGAGAAUUUGAUACUCUUGACGGGAAGAGAUAGAGAGAACCAACUAGAGAGAAUAAGGGAGGGGUGAGAGAAAGGAGGGAGUGAACAGGAGGGAGGGACAGAGGAAGAGAGCGAGAGAAAGGUGCUUCAUACAAGUACUAGUGCAGGGGACGUCAUCCACACAAGUUAAAGUCUAAUGCCUUUAUGGUGGAUUGAUCAUUUCAAACCCAACCGUUCUCUCCAAGCAACGUGUGGGUCUCGUGACUUUUUUGGUUCACCGUUGCUGCAAUCUCUCACGCUGCACCUGAAAUAGACAGCUGACAUACAGAAAAGUAAAGUGAAGUGCAGGGGGAGGAGAAAACGGAAGAGCGAGAGAGGAAGAGAAGGGUUGUGUCUUUCCGGCCUAUUUGCACACAAGUACACCCUAGUUAACCACAAGCCCAGCAACCAGGAGAGACAGCAAGAGAACAAAAGUUUGACUACGUAAAUGCACUUCAAAUGCUUAACACUCAGUCAAACCUUAGAUUAUUAACAAGAGCAAGGCCUGAAAGAAAGGGAAAAUUUGAGAGCAGUGAAGAUCAAGGCCUGACACAACCCUAGUCAAACCAAGAACCUCGGUAGCUGAUGACGGAUACUGCUUUUCUUUUCUAGAAUGUGAAUUUUUCUCCUCUAGACUUGUAAAACAAACCUGCAAUACCUUUCAAGCCACAAGGCUGUCACUGACGCACCUCAGAGAGAGGAAGACAAACAUAAUCUGAGAGAGGUCAGCAAAACCCUUUUUAGUGACUGUUGACCUCCGUGACCCCUCUCAGUUCUUGCCCAGUAUGGAGUGGGUACGACUGAUGCUCGGGGCUAUGCUCCUCUCCCUCUCUCUGCCCAGUCUCCCUGCCCAAGAUAAUGUCCCCAUCACUGUACCUGAAUAUGGCAUGGCAGCACCUACUACUGAGGACGGCACGAUGGCAGCCUCUUCACCCGAGGCCACCACCAAGACAACGACUGCUCCCGUGGUCGUCACUACAGCACAGCCUGUCACUGAAAUCACCCUGGUAACUUCUGUUCCAGUACUUAUCAUAGAUAACAUCACUAUAGUACUAACAGACCCUGAGAUCGCAACCAUUCAGGAGCCCACCUCUGAUGCACCAACUACUACUUCAGAGGCUGAGACGAUGACACCAUCCCCUGUGAUCACUGAAGGGCCUGUAGAUACGACCACUCCACCUGGCCCAAAAUCCACCCUCUCCCAAGACGUCCUGACUACCACCUCUUAUCUCCCAACCACAUCCCAGGACCACCUGACUUCUGUUAUCCCAGUCGGGCCCCUCCACACCACCCCUCAUCUGACGAACGACUCCUUUACUACACCUGAACCUAUCCACACUGCCUCAGAGAGUACUGCCAGCCACACAGAGGGACUUACCCAAGCACCCGCCUCCCCAUCGGUCAACAGCGCUCCCAGCCAUUUCACAACCCCCGCUACGACCUCCUCCUCCACAGAUCAUGACUCUACGGUGGGCAGGGUCAAGCGAAGUCCGCUCAGCUUGUUCUGGAUCAUCAUCGCCAGUCUCCUGGUCUGUGUUAUAUUCCCGGGCAUGGUCUACUGCAUAUAUCUGGGCGUCAGACGAAAGAGGCAGUGCCGCACUGAGUACUUUGGGUCCGGCGUCCGGAACGGGAAGAGUUCCAAGUGGAAGAAAGGAGCAGAGGAAGAUGCCUGGGCGGGGCCAGUGAAGCUAGGGGGCGGGGACAGGGAGGAGGGUGAGGGCGUGGAGGAGGGAGGGAGCCCAGAGGACAACAAGAGAGAGGGGGCUGGAACAGAUGUUGUGCUGAGCACAUUCAUAGCCAACGAGACCGAGGGAGAGAGGGGUGGGCCUGAUGGGGCAGUUGGAGUGGCUGGGAGCAAGGAGGCGGAGAAAUGGGAGGAGAAGGAGCCUCUGUUGUACAUUGAUGAGGGAGUGGAGGAGGUGCUGGAGAUAAUGGCUCCUCCUUCACUUUCAAAAUCUGACUCUGAGAAAAAGACAGGAGGGGGCAACAGAGAGGGAGAAAGUGAAAAGGAGAUGGAGAGGGGAGAAGGGAAUGGAAAGAAAGAAAAUGAGAGUGAAAGAGGUGAGCAGAAUGGAGGAGCGGCAUUCUGUCUAACGACUGCAGUUUAAAAAUAGAACAGUUUUCCAUGAAAAAAAAAGGUUUUCUAGAUGAUAAUUGUAAAGGUUUCUAAUAUUUUUGUACUACUGAAAAGGCCUUUAACAUUGUAUUGAUCUGUGAUUGUGUGCUCUAUCAACAAAACAAAUGGUUGUGUGUAUAGCCAUACGUUUUACCAGUUGUAUUUUGUAUGGUGUUAUUUCUUAACCGUUUUCAGUUUAAUAAAGUUUUAGGAUGUGGA